CCGAACAAAUGCGCUAGGAUAGCUUUCUUGUUUUUUCAUUCACGGAUUGGAAAUACGGAUGAGUCGCAUGGUUUGCCGGUAGACGACGAGUAUUGUCGUUUGAGCGCGCAAGGUCGCACAUUCCGUUCAAAAAAUGAUCGUUGGUCGGGUGCAAGAAGCCAACGUGCAUGGUUGCGUGGAGUUGUACCGUAGGAAGCAGUACGAUACUCGAUAGACUACGGAAUACGGUAGUAUCGUCCUCUCCUCUCGUCAGUCAUCAGGUGAGAUCGUUCACAACACCACAACAAUUGUGGAUAGAAUCCAAUCUUCUUUCCUAUCCGAAUAGAACAGCAAAAUGGCGGACGACAACGUCAACGCCGAUGAUUAUAUCGGGGAGUACCAAGACGACGCCGUCGCGGCGCAGGUGGCGAAAGUAUGCAAGGUCUACGAUUCCGAGGACUUUUUCACGGUAUUCGUUCAGCUGUUGCUGGCCUUCUUCGGUUUGAUGUCCUUAUGGUUCAAGCGACAGGCCGAGACACCAAAGCGAAAAUUCAGAACUUGGUUCUUGGACGUUUCGAAACAAGGAUUGGGAGCGUGCUAUGCCCACGUCCUAAACAUGGUAAGCGCAGAGAACGUCGGAUGUGACGAAAUUCCCUGGGAAUGCUUCUGUUUCAAUUCUUGACGCUUCCGGUUUCUUGGUAACGGAUCAUCAUCGAAUCACUACUCACCGUUGUUGACGCAACCAACCAUUGUGUUAUAGAUAAUAGCGGCGAUCAUCGUAAACAACGACGACAACGUUAGCAACGACUUGAACGAUCAAUGCGCGUGGUAUGGAAUGACUUAUAUUAUUGACACGACUCUGGGGUUAUUACUGGCUAUUUGGGGACUUAAGGCCAUCGAUUACAUGGCCAACGAAUGGGAUUGGGUGUCCCUGAAACAUUCCGGUGUAUAUCAGGGUGUAGACGGACUCUUGCAUUGGAUACAUCAAUGUGUAGCGUGGCUUGCGAUCUUGACCAUUUCCAAGGUGAUCAUUUACUAUUUCAUGAUUUGGACAGCCGAUUGGCUUUCUAUGUUUGGCGACAUACUGUUUUCGCCUCUCCAGUCAAACAUUCAUUUCGAAUUGUUGUUCGUAAUGAUCUUUUUCCCGGGUGUCCUGAACGUGAUUUAUUUUUGGGUUGCCGAUCAUUACCUCAAGGCAGAGGCCCACCACGCAAGUGCGCACGAGGAGGACACCCUCGAAACCGAGUUGGCCCAAAAGAAUGCGUCCCUCCUGCCCGAGGGGGAAGGAAACGAUGCGGAGACACCAAAGAUCUGGGUUACCGAAGACAAGCCCGCCGCAACGGUUGUUUGAGCACUCUUUUUUUGCUUGGUUCGCUAGGUGAAUGAUUAUAUCCUUUGCACUAGAGAUUGUUUGCCGUGUUGCCAAGUGGGAGCAGUAUCACUUCCAUCACUUUCUUUUUUCACCACCAGCUGUAUUCAUAUCAAAUCUAAUUCUAAUAAUCUAAUAACCUACGA